AUCAAGUAGAGAUUGACAUUUAAUUUCUAAAUGGAGAAUUUUUAAUUUAAAAAUUCCAAUUGUGCCGACAAUCGCAUCGAAUAAGGAGAAAGAAAAUGAAUAGAACGGACGCGACAAAGCGCGAACAAAAAGGCCUAAACAAAGUAAGGCCGGGCCUAUUACCACCAAAAACAUCGACCAACAAGGAAAUAGCAAAGAAAACGAUUGGCAAUAAAAAGAAAUUCGAGUGCAUCAAUUCGGUGCGCCUGAAUAUUCGCAUGACCGUCAAGGUGAACUGCUCGGAGGUGUUCUGCAGCCACAGACGCAUGAUGCGAUCCAUUCGCGAGCAUAGGGCCAAGGUGGUCAUUGUCGCCACCAAGGUGUCGUCGAAGAAAAAAGCUGAGAUUGAUCAUUAUGCCAAGAUAGCCAAAAUUCCAGUCGUUUGCUACGCUGGCCCCUGGAUCGAGUGCACCAACGGAUGGGGCAAAGUUUUCCACCUGCCCAUCGUGGCCCUGAUCACGCCCAAAGAUGCGGGCAUCAUCCGUUCGCUGGCAGAGAAGUUGGUGGCUGGCAUUGCUUUGUUUUUGGAUGGGCGAUACUUGGAAAAAUAAUUCAAAUACCCACACAAAAAUGUGUACAAUAAAUAUAUGUAAUUACAGGCUGUCAUAAA